UAUAUGUGUAUAUUCAUGUUUUCCCGUGUCGUUGCAGGGCUGCAAGCUCAGACUGUCUUAGUCAAUGACACAGUCUCGGGAUUUAUCGGGACAGACGUGGUCCUGCACUGCAGCUUCACCAACCCACUCCCCAAUGUGAAGAUCACGCAGGUCACGUGGCAGAAAGUCACCAACGGCACCAAGCAGAAUGUGGCCAUUUACAACCCUGCCAUGGGGGUCUCCAUCCUCUCACCCUACAAAGAACGGGUGAUUUUCCGGAACCCUUCCUUCAAAGAUGGCACCAUUCAGCUCUCUCGCCUCGAGUUGGAGGAUGAGGGAGUUUACAUCUGCGAGUUUGCCACCUUCCCAACCGGCAACAGGGAAAGUCAACUGAACCUUACAGUGCUGGCCAAACCCACGAAUCGGAUGGAGGGCACCACGCGGCCGCUUAUCGCCAAGUCAGGCAGGACAGAAAAGAUCUUGGUAGCCACUUGCAUCUCCUCCAAUGGGAAGCCCCCCAGCACUGUCACCUGGGACACCAAGCUGAAAGGGGAAGCAGAGUUUCAGGAGAUCCGGAAUAGCAAUGGCACCAUCACGGUGAUCAGCCGGUACCGCUUGGUGCCGAGCCGCGAAGCCCAUCGGCAGCAGCUCAUGUGUGUGGUCAACUACCAGCUGGACCGCUUCACAGACAGCAUCACCCUCAACGUGCAGUAUGAGCCAGAAGUCACCAUUGAAGGCUUCGAUGGCAACUGGUUCCUCAAUCGGAAAGAUGUCAAGCUGAUAUGCAAGUCUGAUGCCAACCCCCCAGCUCACACCUACGAAUGGAAGCUGCCAAACGGGACUCUGCCAGGGAGCGUGGAAAUCCAGAACAACACCAUCUAUUUCAAGGGCCCCAUCUCCUACAGCGUGGCUGGCACCUACAUCUGUGAGGCCUCCAAUGCCAUCGGCACACGGUCGGGCUUGGUGGAAGUCAAUGUCACAGACAAGCCACUACCUCAGGGUGCCCUGGGAGGCAUCAUUGGCAUCGUGGGAGGUGUCAUCGCUGCAGCUCUCAUCCUUGGCGUGGCUGUCACCGUCUUCAUUGUCUACAGGAGGCAACAGAAGGACCGCACAGAGGCAGACCACGACCUCAUUGACUUGCCGCCCUCCCACAAACCUGCCCCUCCACCGAAGAGGAAGCAGGAGUUGAAAAGCCACCUGACUACUGAAGACAUCCAGAUUGUUCACUUGGACAACAUGAAGCAUGAGGAAGAGCUCCAGAAGCUCCCCCUGCAGCCUCCAUACUACGACAUGGCAGCCAGUGAGCCCUCUGCCUACAGCGACAAGCUGAACUUUGGAAAGUGUCACUCAGAGAUACCGAAUGCGAGUGAUUACCUGACCCGCUGCUACUCACACGACGGUCGCUAUCUGCAGAAGAUCCCCCACGUCUACACCCCGCUGCCAGACCUCCCACAAGAUCUCUAUCCUCACCACUCUGACAUCUCCUUCUGCUGCCCUCCUCCCGGCUCCCGGGCUCCGUACAUCUGUCCUAAGGAACAGUAUGUUUAAACAUCAGCACGGAGAAACGAAGACGCUCAUGGUUUUCACUCCUCCCGACCCCAUCACUCAACAACCAAGGCCUUUUAAACCCCUCUUUGCCAUUUGCUUAUUUAUUGGUUUAUAUAUUUUUUUUAUUUGGGUGCAAUUGUAAGUGACUUGGUUAGGUUAAGUGUCUGCCUGGCUUCUUCAUGCCCAAGGGAACACUCUGCCUUCGCCCACAUCUCAUCCCGUCCCUGAGACUCUCUUUCCUUGUGCUGGCCCUCCUGUACUACGUGCGUGCAUGUGUAUGUGGGUGGCAGCUGCCCUGUGUUGGAUGGGAUGUGCCCAACCCCAGAUUAAAUGUCCGUAGGUUCCCUUGCGUCCAUCUCCACAGUUUGCACCAGAAUAGCCAGAUGUGGAUUCUUCACGACCCCUUUGGAGAAAAUGGUUUUCCCCAUUGGCAGAUAGGAGAUCCCUGUUGCAAAGAGAUAACCAGCCAAGAUUACUGAACCAAAUAAUAAGAUGCUUCUAAAGAAAGAUGCUCAAAACCAACCCAAGAAGAGAAGGAAGGGCUUGGUUUAGGGAUUGUGUAUGUCCUUCUUCCCUCCUGCUCCCACUUCCAAUUGCUUGGAUUGGCUCUUUUUAACCCAAACGCAUCAGAGAAAGUAUCCUUUGAAUAACCUUCUUAUAACCUGAAACCCAGAGGGGAAAAAAAUUAGAAAGGAAAACGAUAUCUCUCAUUUUCCUUUUCAGAGCCUAGUGUGAUCUCCCACUAGCUUCUCCCCCUCUUCUCCUUGCAUUUGUUGAUUGGAAUUUCAAAAUGAACUCAGGCAGAAUACAAAGAAAAAAAAUCAUGAUUUCAGGUAAUCUUCUUAUUCUUAAUGAAGGAUAAAAGCCAACAGAGGAAUCUGGCCUUUUAACCUUUUUUAAAGCAUCUUAGUUUGGGGGCUAUAUAUUUUUUCUAAUAUUUGGAAUGUGUGUGGGUAUGUAAAUCCAAACAUGUACAUUCCUGCAACCAUGAAGUGUUUUAGAGAAGGGAAUUUAUCUCCACAUCACAUUUGUGUUCACUUGUAUUAGAGGACAAAUAAAUAUAGAGAUACACUUACAUGUAUAUAAAAGCAAAGAAGAGGAGAAAAAGGAAUGAAAACCUUAUAAGAGAGCUUGGUUUUGAGGGUAACCUUCACCUGUUUCACCCAGCUGUGGCAGAGAAGAGCUGAGGCUGGGACAGCUGAGAACAAAGUGUGUGCCCUCUUGGGGAACGGGCAUUUGCUUUCCUUUGUCUCGGGUUGGGGAUUGGACAUUCUGCAGACAGCAUCACUCCAGACAUCAGGAGGAUGUCAGAGUCAAGAGUGGGGUGAGUGGAAGGAAUCACACCACCACCCUGCUGCCCAGACACCAAACUGAGCUCCAGUGCCACUUCCACCAGUGAGCAGCCCACCCAGUGCCCAGCUCACUGCAGAGUGAGGGUGCUGACCUGCAUGCUGUCCUGGGAGCUGCCCAAGCACUCUGCCACCUCUUUAUUUUUGUAUAUCCAAAUUUAAGCAGCUGUAGUUGUUCUAUGCACUUUCUUUGUUCCCAUCACCUCGAGCAGCCAUGGGACUCAUCCUGCUUGUCCUCCUUUCUGCACAGAGAAGCACAGCCUCGCCGAGUCCCUGCAGGCAUAGAUGAGAAAUGGAUGGGGAGGUGGCUGAAGGUCCUGCUUGGGUGGCACGCAGGGUGCAGGCAGAAGGAUGCUGAUGCCUUUUCCAGCUGAAAUAGGCAACGCCUGCACAGCACAGCAGCUUCUCUGUGCUCCAGUGCCUGCGGUUCUCCCAUGCCCAGAGGGUCAGAAACUGUAGGACGUCGCCUUAGAGUACGAGGUGCAACUUUUCCAAUGCCACCCUAUCGGUCUUGACUGAUUGAGGCCUUUUUGGAGUCAUUUGGACUCCUAUUUCAGUCUCCAGAGAACUCAGCCAGGCACAUCCCUACACCAACAGACCUGAGUGCUGUGUGUCUUGCUUCAGAUGACGUGUUUUUCUCCCUUUUGUUUUCUUUUCAACACACCUUGGAGCACUUUCUGGCUACCACAGAGCUAGAACCAGGUGUGCUCUGAGCUGAAGGUAUGGCAGCACAUCCAGCACAGCGGGGGAGACCAUACUUGACUCCGCCAAGUCUGCUUUUGGUCAACCUGUUAAGAAAAAUGGAGCGGUGCUGGAAAACCCUGGGGUCUCUGAUGUCCUGGAGCCAAUCCAGCACCACUGCUGAGAGAAGAACCUUCCACAUUUCCCUGUCUACAUGCCUGUAAUAGCAGGAUGCUGCCUGAACAGCAGCAAUUAAGGUAGAUUUGAUUGGGAGCCUUCAUCUGCUGCAGUUUCAGCCGGAUCUAAACAUUUAAAUGGGAAGUGGAAUACAGUCAGGUCUUCAGGUGCGUUAGGAAAAAAAGCUAGGGGAAAUGGCUAUUUGCCAGACAGCAUUUUGCAAGUGGCUUCCUCUGCUGCUGGUGGCUGGAGGACGGUGCUUUGAGGAGGAGGGGGAAGCAGAGGCACAGAUUGCAGCAUUACACAGAGCCCAUGUGCGCCUUUGAAUUGGAACUGCCCACAGACGGCAGCCUCAAAGGGUUUUACUGUGCUUUUCAGCAAAGCAAAAGGAUUUCGGUCCUCCUCAGGAAGGGGGAAAGCGAGACAAGCCUAAAUUCAAUGCAGCCUCUCAACAGUACAAACGUUAAGCCUAGGGAGGCCUUGGUUCUCUUUGCCUCUUAAUGUUCUCUCCUCUCCUUAAGAAAUGCAUUGGUCUCAAAGAAUGGCAAAAAGACAGUCUGUGCACACCAUCGAAUUGAGGAAAGAGGCAAAACCCCACCUGAAGAAAGAGACAGAGCACUAUUCGAGCCAUUUGUUUUGGUUUUACAAAGCCACACUUAGCAGUGUUCUAAUCUGUUGCUCCAAGUCCUCCCUCCCUUCCCAUGUGGCUGCACGACGUUUGCCAAAUGGCCGCUUCCAAACUUUGCUGGACCUGACGCCAAGGGCUGAACACUGGCUUUGCUCCAUGCUAAGGCUGCCCACGCUGACCUUGCAGGAGCAGAAACCCGGCAGUGCUGAUGGGAGGCGUUCCCCUCUUGCCACGGCGUGUGCUGAUUUGCAAAGAUACUGCUCUGGGAACAGAAAUGUUGCUGGGUGGAUGGCUGAACAAGUUGAGCAGGAAACUGGUUGAGUUUGUGCUAGCAGCGUGCAUGGGGAGCUGGGUGUCAUUCCCCAUGUGAGACAUGAAGCCAUUCCUCCUGUUGCUUUGUACUGGGGUGAAACGUGGCAAUUUCUGUUCCACGCGCCAGUGGCACUGACACAAGAGCUCUUGCAGAUGGAAACGACUGAUCACAGAACUUAAAUAAAAGUGAACUGAGGAGUUAUAAC